AUGAGGUUUUUAGUUCUACCGCUGGUAUUUCAUGGUGGGGAGAUACACUGCUUGGAUAUAAACAAAGAUAACACUGGCCUCAUUACUGGUGGAAAGGAUCACUGUAUAAGUAUUUGGAACCUAUUGGAAUUGGUCGAAGUCGCUAAAUUGAAAGCUACAUCUUCAGAGAUUGAGUUGAAACAAAAAGUCGAGGUCAUUAAACCUAUUCAUCACAUUAAAUGCCACGACUCAACAGUCACGAUGUUGCGAUGGUUACCAAACACGAUAAAUAAAUUCAUAUCGGGUUCUAGUCUGGGGCGUAUCUACUAUCAUGAUCUCAGAGACGACAACAAUUCAAUACACAAACAGAUAUACCCAUUUAAUGAAAGCACCGCUGCUCAAUUGAAGCCUGUGGUUGAUUUAUCUGUCUCCAGAGACGGAAGAUUAGUCGCUUGGAGCACAUUGGAUGAAAAGUUAUACGUCUACGAUGUAGAGCAAAACACGUUCCAGGAACUAAGCACGCCGUCUCUGGAGAAACCAGUAAUACAAAGAAGUUUGGCAUUUAAUGGCGUUAGCAACUAUCUUGUCUCCAUUGGAGAUGAUACUCAAAUAAAUGUAUUUCAAUAUGAAUACGAUUCAACAUCAUCAUCAAAGCUAUAUAAAUUUAGACUCAUAAAUAAAAUCUCAAAGUUGUUUAGCAAAAACCCGUUGAAUGUCAAGUAUAAGAGAAUCUCAUGGUCCCCCGAUGGAGAGUUGGUUUCGAUUCCCACUGCAACAAAAAAUCAAACAUCAUUGAUCUCCUUAUUAUCCAGCUCCAAGAAUUGGGCAACAAGAGCAAGCUUAGUCGGACACGAUCUAACAUGCGAAGUUGUUAAGUUUAAUCCUCACUUGUACUCGGAACGAGAAAAGGAGAUGAACAACAUCUACAAUAUUAUUGCCUCAGGUGGCUUGGACAGAACCGUAACAAUUUGGAAUACGUCUAAAACAGCCCCUAUUAUGAUACUUCGCGAUGUGGUUGAUGCACAAAUUUACGACUUGGUAUGGACAACAACAAAUAGCUUGUUGUUUUGCACAUCAAGAGGUAAUUUGGGAAUAUUGUCAUUUGAUGAAAAUGAAUUGGGAUUCAAAGUCAGUAACAAAACAUUGGAGAAACUCAGAACAAUGCAGAGAGAUUUGAUCAAGCCAAUGACUUAUAGGUACGAAUUUGAGCAGCCUAGUGGAAAUAGGAAAACGUUAGCACCUAUCGAAUACACGGAUCAAAAAGACGCCGUAAGUGCACUAGCUCAAGUAGAAAGUACUCCUGUUGAAAAGGAAACCACUGAACAAACCAAUACCGAGAAGAAGUCUAGUGCAGUAAAGAAAGGCGAGGUUGAGCCCGAGGUUUUAACUGCUUCGGAACCAUCCACAGAAACAAUCAUUACCACCACCACCGCCAGCACCACCGCCAGCACCAUUACUCCCAUCAAUGAGCUGAAAAAUCUUCUGCAAUCACCACCAUCACACCGCUUACAGGAAGGAAAAGCUGCAACAGAAACAAAACCUAUCCAAGCUCUUCGUAAUCAGAAAGUCACAACAAAGAACGGAAAGAGGCGAAUCCAGCCAAUGUUGAUAUCAGGCAACAGCUCCUCUACAGUUUCGGGGCUUCCCAAGUCAUCAUCGUCGACAUUUUUGUCAAUGCCAUCAGAACUGAUCCCAGCAUCUGCCAAUAAUGCCAAGUCAUUAAUGGAGUUUAACAAGCCAUCAUACUCAGUAAGCGAGGAAUUGAACAGGUCGAAAAGAGUGCGAUCAGAGAAUUUGUUGAAUGGCAAUAAUGGAUCACUUAAAAAACCAAAACGAGAAAUGGAGCCUGUGAAAUUCAUAGGAUCAGUUAUCACCAAUCCAAAUACAUCCUUUUCUAAGGUGCGUUUGGCAACUCCUAAAGUGAGAUUUGGGUUUCAACUUAAAAGCCAAGAUGAUGAUAGUAAUUUUUAUACUUUUGACGUUAAAAAUGGAUCAGGAAAUGAAGCAAAACCUUCAAGAGUUACGUUCUUCAAAAAGGAGAAAGAAAUAUGGUGUGAUUUUGUGCCCAAGUACAUCCAGUUGGCAAGCGAAGGUCAUAAAUUUUGGGCAAUAGCCACAAUUGACGGUCAAAUACUCACAUAUUCACGUGUAUCAGGUAAAAGAUUAUUGCCAACCAUUAUAUUAGGUUCCCCUAUUCUGUUUUUGGAAAGCCACGGAAAUUAUUUGAUGGCAGUUACAAGUAUUGGAGAGUUGUAUGUUUGGGAUAUGGUUAAAAAGAAAAACGAAGUUACUUGCUCGAUAAGUGCAUUGUUGGAAUUGAGUUCCAAGUUCCUGGACGAUGGUCUUUCUAGAUCCGACAACAUAACCAUGUGUGCAAUAACAUCACGUGGUAUUCCUCUUGUUACGCUAUCAAAUGGGUCUGGCUAUUUGUAUAAUCAAGACUUGGAGGUCUGGCUAGUAAUCACCGAAUCGUGGUGGUUGUUUGGGUCGUAUUACUGGGAUAGUGUCGAGGACGGGAAAAAGACUCCACAAACUCUCAAUAUGUUUAACAGUGAAGAGUCGAUAAUUGAGCUUUUGGAGCAUAAGACCAAUGAAGAAAUCUUGAGGAAAAGAAGGUCAGGAAGAGGUAAAUACUUUAAUAAGAUUUCAAAAAAUAUGAUUAUGAAGGAAGGAUUUGAAAGUUUGGAAAACACCAUCUCGAUAAGCCAUUUGGAAAAUAGAAUUUUGUGUUGCGAGCUACUUGGCGAGAAUAAGGAUUUCCACAAGUUCUUUAAAACAUAUGUGCAAAGAAUAUGUGAGCUCGGAUUCAAGGCUAAGCUUUAUGAAGUCUGCGACGAUUUACUAGGCCCAAUUGACGACGACCAAGUGGGACAAAUAAAUGGCGCGAGCAGCAAUUGGGACUCUAAAAUAUGCGGAUUAGAUAGAAGAGAACUUUUGAAAGAGGUGAUAACUUUAUGUUCGCAAUUUAGAGAUGCUCAAAGAGUGCUAUACCAUUUCGGCAAAAAGAUCGGAUUGAUAGAUGUUGAUGUUAGUGUUGAUGAUCAAUUAUAG